AUGCGCAGUGUUGAGACAUGCGCUUGUGACACUGAGAGGUACAAUCCAGAGCUCACCCAGCAGCUGCGCUACAUCGUGGUGGCUGUGUUGACAAAGGAUGAGCCUCCCAGCAUAGUCCUGCGCAGCUUGAUCGGUGCGGUCAGCGCGUUGCCAUCCGACUGCGGCUGCCGCUACCAUGUGGCGCUCCUGGACGAAGGCCACCGCGCGCAGCAAAAGGCGCUGUGGGCCAAGCUUUGUGAGCUGCUGCAGGCCAUCCCAUCAGGAGCUGGCUUCCAGGCCUAUGAGGAGAGCGUGCGACAGUUCUUCCACGUCUGGGUGGAAGAAACGAACAAACUUACGAGAGAAGACCUGGUCCGGAGCUUCUACGCGGAGAACUCGCAGGCGACCUUAAACAAGCUCAGCGGCGAGGAAGUGCUGAAGAAGCUGCGGAAAGCGUGGGGCUGGCAGCGAGUCAGUUGCACCGCGCUGGAAUCCGCGAUAGCUGGCCUCAAGGAGGAGCUCCUGGAAGCAGGCCCCCAUAAGAGCAAGUCCUACUUGGAUGACUUGGUGGACUGGAUGCCAGCAGAUAUGAAUAGCAUCGCGCUGCGCUUGCACUAUCUGGCCAGGGCGAAUCCUCCGGAGGACGAGCGGACCUUAAAGACACAGCAUGUGGCUCCUGGAACUUGGUACUAUGAGGUGCCGCAGGGAACAGGCAACGAUCGGUGGCUGGCUUGCCGCUCGAAGGCCAUGCAGAUGCUCCAUGGCCUCGAAGAGAUGGAUACCAGCAAGCUGCAGAUAGCUCUCCGUGCAAGUCGUGGGAAAGCAGGUGGUCUGAAUUUUGCUGCCAACUAUUUUUUUGUUUAUGCUGGACGCGCCCGCCAUCUCUACGGCGAUGACCGGGAUGUGCAUCCGCACCUGUUCAGUGUUUGCGAUGCCCGCCAUCAGUUUCAGACAGACUUCUAUCACUCUACGAUCCCCUAUUUCUUUGACCUCUCUGAAAACCUGAACAGGAGUGUUCGCUUUUGCCAGUGUCCGAAAUAUUUUCCACAUGUACAGGAUCGGGCCGAUUAUCUAGACAACAACGACGCACAGUAUUUUCGCCUCAACUGCAUGAUCCACAACUGCUGCGGUGGUGUCAGCGCCAGCAGCACCAACAGCACCUGGCUCCUAAACCGCAAAGAGCCGGAGGAGCAUGAUGAUCUCAUCUGGGAGCUGGAGAAGACUCGGAAAAAUCGAAAGCGGAAGAGGCACAAGCACAAGGAGUAUGUCGAGUUCCUCACAUUCCCUGAGACCUGUGCCACGGAAGAUGCAGCCUUCAGCUUGAAACAGAUUGUGAGCGGCAACCGGUCCCACUUCAUCAGCAGGCGGCUGUCCUAUGGCCUGGCACUGACUCCAGAGGAGCACCUCAUUGCAGUGCAGAAGAGCAUUCAAGCUCACUUCGUCCUUUCGCUUCAGAGCUUCUUCCGCUGUCAGUCAGGCUUGGUGUCACUUUGGACGACGUUCAUCGCAUUUGCGUGUUUCCUUUUCUCGCUGUUCUGGCUCGUUACAAAGGCCGACCUCGAAUGGCAGGUCGUGGAUUGGGGGUGGUUCCCGAAAGACACCUACCACACAAUCAUGCAUCCGAUCAGGAGCUGGAGUGAACGUGCUGCAGAUUUUCUCAACGAGUUCGUCGGCUACGAUGAGGAGUGGCUCCAAAGCUUCAUUGUGAUCACGCUACAGAUUGCGGUUUGGGUGGCAAGCUUGGGAGCGUGGCUCCUGAUCUUCGCAGUCGUGACCCAGACCUGCAAGGUGAUUCAGCGCUGCUGCUUGAACUGUGGAUCGUUUUGGCCGGAUGAGAUGAGGUGGUGGGGCAGGUUGCUGAUCAUGGUCACCAACCUGUCGCAUUUCCUGUGGUGCUGGGUGCCGUUCUUUUGGAUAGGCUUCAACUUUUACAACGUGUUCAGUGGUAGAGAUUUCCAUUACCCGCCGGUCUUGAUGUUCAUCUUCACGCUCAUCCUGCAGGUCCUGAAUUGGGGCCUCAUCGGCGCCAGUUGCAUGCGCCACUCCCUGGAAGCGAGCAUGGAGGCCAACGAAGUAGCCAUGUUAACGAUCGACAACAUCUGGAGGUCCACGCAGAGAUAUUACAUCACUGCCCCACUGGUGAUCUACUCCAUGGUGGAGGGCCUUCAAGACGUUUUCCGCUACCAGCUUUACGGCCAGGACGUCACGGUGAACGAGGCGUCGGGAAAGAUUGCCGUUCAUCUCGUGAAGUACUGGACGCUCUUGUUGGUACUCCUCGCAAUUGCUGCGUGGAUCUGCUUUUGCAAUCUCAUGGCCACAAUGAAUGAAGGUGGGCUGUCCUCGCUGAUCAUCGUUACGGUGAUCGCGUUGGAUGUGCUGCACCCCUGCGCUUACCUAUGGGUUGGCGAGACAAAGAUGACGCCAGCAAAGGCGAGCACUCUCUCCUGGUAUCAGGCACUUACGACGUGGCAAUGGUGGGAGCGCUUGAUACAUGACCUGAUACUGAACGAGCUGGUAACCGGCGUGUUGAAGUGGUUAGGGCCGGCAUGGAUGAUUGCCAUGCCAUUGCUGACGCUGCUGAUGCCCUACAUUGGUGUGAACCAAGCAUUUAUGCUGGUGGCCACUGCGCAGAAUCGUUAG